CAAUGUCUGAUCAAAAGCCUUUGCUUAGCAUUAAGAAGACAUUCUUUUACAAUUUCUUUCCAUCAAAAGCUGAAGAAGAAGUUUGCAAACUUAACAACACUCCAUGGGUAGUGACUCGAGAACUAAUUGAGAUAAGGGACUUAUACCCUGCCCCGAAAAUUGAUUUGAAAAACCCGUGGCAGAUCAAGAAAAAGAUUACCAAUGACGAGGUUGUUGUAGGAAAGAUGGUGAUUCCAUUUUACGAGACUUUUGAGUACAUUCUUCGAUAUUGGACGUUGGAUGUGGCCAAAAGUUUGGAGAACGGGUAUGGUGUGCCUGUUGGCGUGUGGGAUGUAACUGAGGAGAAUGUCCCUAAGAAGUAUGAAGGUGGAAGUGUUUGCUUAAGGAAGUUGUACAAUGAUGACUAUUCUCUUUCGUGCAUCCAAUUGUUCAACAAUCGAGGAUUAGGUGUUGGUGAUGAAAUUGGACUUAAUUGGGAUCCUAGAUCUUCAAGUUUAAUGUUCAAAUUACUUUCUCAGGUUCACGCUUAGUGAAAGGUCCAAGAAUUUAGGACCAAAAACAACAUACCAUAAUCUUUUUAUUAGGAUUACUCUUUUUGUACUUGUGUUUUCAUUCCUUAUUUACUAUAGUGCUCUUUUAAUAUGAGAAUAAUGUAGUUCGGUGGGUUUCGUGAACCCCCAAUCAUUUAGAUAUGCAAUUUCGCAAAGCAGUAAUAGUAUCCUCUGCAUCUUCCAAACACAGAGAAGAUAGAGCUGAUAUAAAAUUCUCAAAUUCUCUAACUUUGUGUCCUCUUCGAACACAGUUAGUUCAAGACAGGACAAUCAUCGAUUCUCACAUAUCGUAGUUUUGCAAAGUUUGUUUUACUAGUUUUCUCCACUGAUUGAUUUCUCCUUUAAGUUGCAAACAAGAAUGGACACCUCCCUGGUAUGUGAUGGAAAAGAAACAUAAGUUUUGCCCUUAACGGAUAGCUCGAUGGUCAAGAUUUCAAAAUUUCAAAGCAGGGGUGGGGAUACAUUUACUCUUCAAUUAGACAAUAGGUAUGAACUUCUAUGUAUGUGUGGCAAUAGGGACAAAGCUUGGUCUUCCACGAAUAAUGCAAUAGUUAAAAGGUCAAAAUCUGAAACGCCAUGUUACAUCUGUGCAGAUUUUGCAUUUCUUCUAAUUCCUACUGCUUCCUGAUUUAAGCUACUGAAGAGAUAUUUAUUCCUAGACUCAUAUAGUCAAGCAGUUUCAUUUGAUGGAUACGGAAAAUAUACCUCCGCAAUGAUAUCAUGAAUUUUCGGAACAUUCACAUGAUUGAAGCCCAAAAUAUACCUAGCUAACCUGAAAUUUAUUGAUAGCUGAUAUAAUAUUUUCAAAUUCUCUAACUCUGUGUCCUCUUCUAAACAUAGUUGGUUCAAAUGAAAAGUACACGUACAAUCCAUUCUACUAAUAAACAACACAAGUGUCUGUCAUUACUAAAAUUCACUUCCAAAGUUCUUUUGUUGUUGAUUCAGAUAAGAAUAUACUCUUCUUUGGCAACAAUUUAUCUAAGCCAAGUCAGCAGAAGUAAAGGAAAAUACUUCUACAAAGAAGAUUAUACUCAGAGCAAAUGCACAAGAUAAGGACGUACCAUGAUCCCAUUUCGCACAGGAGCUCACUAGUAGAAGGUUUGAGGCAAAAGGUGAAUAUACAUGAAGGAGCAGAAUAUGUUCCUUUCUUUUCCUAAGAGAGAAUUGAUAAUGACUCAAAAGCUAAUAGAGACAGGACCUGACAUGAUAUUUUAUCCGAACAACAUGAGGCACAUCAGGAAAAACAUUACUCAUCAAGAACUCUGUGUUGAAAAGCUGUGGAUUCCAUUUUCUGCGGUGUUUAAGUAUAUUCUUCCAUACUGGGAUUUGGAGAUGGCAAGAUGUUUGGUGAACGGGAAGGUGUUGCUUGUUGACUUGUGGGAUGACACGUAGGAGAAUGGCCCUAAGAAGUAUGAAGGUGGAAGAUCUACUUUUAGGAAGCUGCGUAAUGAUGACUAUUCUUUAUCGAUCAUGAUAUUGAUCAAAGAUCACGGAUUGGCUGUUGAUGAUGAAAUUGGGCUAUAUUGGCGUCCUAAGCAUUCAACAAUUGUUUUGAAAUUGUUUUCUAAGGUUGGUGAUUCAGCAAGUAGGCCUGUAUUGACAGAUUAGGGGCCUGUAGGGAAUAUCUUCAAGUUUUAUGUUCAAAUUCUGUAUAUAAUUCAAGAAUUAGGACCAAAAACCAACAUAACAUAGUCUUUGGGUUGGAAUAUAUGAUGAUUCUUCAAGUUCCUAAUUGGAAUAUAUGAUGAUUCUUGAAGUUCCUAAUUGGAAUAUAUGAUUAUUCUUUUCUCAAA